GCAGCCAAUCGGAAGGGGGCGGGCCAGGCAGGCUGGCUACGCGCAGGCGCAGUGGGAGCGGGGCGUCGAGUGGCUGAGGCCCGGCGCGUGGCUGGCCGCGGAGGAGGCGCGCUCUGAUUGGCGGGUUGGGGUCCCGUGACCAGGAGGCGCUGAGGUCGGGCGCGCUCUGAUUGGCGGGGCGGGGUCCCGUGACCAGGAGGCGCUGAGGUGGGACAUGCUCCACCCUGACGGCCCCGGCAGCGGCGGUUCCUCCUGCUCCCCCCCAAGCCCCUGUGGGGGGUCUGUGCUCGGGCCUGCCCCACCGGUGGCCAGUGUGGGCCCCUUCCUGAAAGCAGCCUCAUUUUGGAGGGGUUGCAGGCUCCUAGUUUUGCCUUUGGGACCCCAAGGCCCAGCUCAGUGGUGGCUCUCAGGGCCCUUUCCUACCGGUGGUGAGGAAGCACCGUGCUGCCCUUGAAGUAAUUAUUGUCAUUAAGGUCCCUGACCUGAACUGCUAAAUGGGGUCCCAGGAGCGAGCUGCAUCCCGGUACUAUGACCCAAACCCCAUCUUCGGCAAGGUCGCUCCUGAGAUUAUUGAGGACGCGCUGAUCCAUCUGGCCACGGAAAAUGAACAGUACCUGAGCGAACUGUCGGAUCAGGCUGGAUGCUUCAAGGAGACACGGACAGUGGAAUUUAUAUUCCUUUUGUCUGAAAAAUGGCACUUGGACGAAUCGGCAAGGUACCAAGCGGUAGAGUUACUUGAAAGGUUUAUGAUCAAGCAAGUAGAACAAAUCUGUAAGACUUCCAGAGAGAACGUUAAAAGUCGUGAACAAGGACAAGGCAGCAGCUGGAGCUCUCUGAAAGAUCAGAUAUACGACACGUUUGUCCUGCGACUUGUGUCAUGUAUUCAGCUUGCAAGCAAACUUUCCUUACACUAUAAUAUAGUUAACAGUGACACAGCUUUAAAAUUUCUACAAUCCUUAAAAUACUCAUACACUAAACAGGAAUUGCUCGAGUCAGAACUUGCCGUUUUAAAAAGUCUGCACUUCCAGAUUAACGUGUCAACUCCCUUGGCUUACGUGGAAUUGCUUCUAGAGGUUUUAGGACAUAACGGCUGCCUGCUUCCUUCAAAGCCGUUGCAUCAGAUGUGUAUGCAGCUACUGGACUUCUCCUAUCUUAUGAGAGAUUCCAUCUACGACAUUUUGUUGAAGAUUGCCAUUGAAAAUUCAACACCAAGCAAACUGCAGGUAGCAAAGUUUCUGACCGUAAAGGAAGAUUUCAUGCUCUUGGCUGUUGGAAUCAUCAGCACAAGCGUGUUCAUACUAAACCCUGGGCACUGGAAGCAGGUUGUGGAGCAUUUGAACUAUAUCACUGGCAUUACUUCACAAAGUAUCUUAGAAUUUUCUUAUGCAGUGCUGAAACACGUUGUUGGCAGCGCCACUCCAAAGCAGCACUAUAGGAACUGA